AUGAAUGAAGACCUUGUAAACGAUAAAAUAGAGCUUGCAAAAUUGUACUUUAAGUCCAAGAGUUACAAGAAGGCCCUUUCUACAUACACCCAACUCGUUGAACACAUCGCCACAUAUACUCCCGCCAAUGUGGCUCGUGUGCUACGAGCGUAUAAUCUUCCAGAGACUCCAUUGAUAGGAAAACCCCAUCACCCCAGACUCUCGUCCAUUCUUGAUGCUAGGGCUGCGACGUACGAAAAGCUUGGGGAUGUGUCACAAUCCUUAGCCGAUAGCCAAAGUUCAUUAAAAGUGAAUCCACUCGACUUGAAAGCUUACUUGCGGAUCGGUAAGAACUAUCUUAAGAUGGGCGACGAGAUAAAAGCAUUCAGAAACUACCAAUGUGGGCAUUAUCUCGUGUCAAAAUUCUUACAGAAACAUACAGAUUAUUCCAUCAACCGGGACCUUUUGGGAAAGUUAGAACAAGCGUACUCGAAGCUCAAUUCCCACUUGAAGAGAAAAAGACAACUCCAAACCCAACUAGAAAAACAAUUGCCGUUGAAAAAGGCGAAGAAGUCCAUCGACCCGUUUGACCGUUUGGAGUUGGAUGUGUUGGAAACAAUCUUUGGUCAUUUGAACGUGGCCAAUUUGUUUUCUUGCCACUUGGUAUGUAAAAGCUGGUAUAACACCUUGAUUUCGUUCGUUCAGUUGUACCAAUCGAUUUCCCUAAAACCUAAAAUCAAGUAUAAAGAGUUUCUCAAUGGGGUAAAUAUGUUCAAUCGCUUGAAGAAGUACUCGCUUAGUUGGAAGAUCAACCAAACUUCACUCCCGGAGUUUUGGAAGAUUAUUGACAGCAUGAUUAAGCACAACUUCAAGCUCAAGUCUUUGGAAGUAUUCAACGAGUUUAAUUACUAUGAUCUUUUGCUUAAACUUGAUAAGUACGGCUUCAAAUUUCACUUCAAAUAUGUGGAAAACUUGAAGCUAAUCUUGAGUGCUUGUCCACCUUCUCAAUUGAUGAAUUUAUUUCCUAACUUGAGAAGCAUGGAAAUUAUAUUGAUGGAGAGUCAGGCGUCUCCUCCAUUAAUUAUCGAUAACAAAAAUGCUUUCAAAAAACUCAUAUCUCAGGAGGUAGAGUUAGAAUCAUGUUUGGAAAUCUUGGUGCUUAUUAACAAAAACUCUAUCCUGAACUAUCCUCCAUUUCUUUCACACACCGUCAACUUGAGGAAGCUCAUAAUUUCAAACUUUGAAUUCAACAAUAUUCAGCACAACUUUGGCCUGUUCCUUUCGAAUUGUUCUAACUUAAAGUAUCUUACUUUAGAGAACAACAGAAAUUUGUCUUUCAAGAUCUUCCUCCAAAAUCUAAUCAACUACAGAUCAGAUUUCAAACUACUCAAGUUAGUGUUUCGGGAGCAUGCAAUAGACAGUUCGUCGAAUUUAGCUGAGUUCACUAUUUCAGACUUCCACAACCUCAGUGAACUCAUCUACUUGGACUUGUACUCCAUUUCCUUGUCCAAUAAUGGCUUGAAGAAGUUUCUUACGUGCUGCCCUCUCCUCGAAACGUUGAUACUUGGUGCUUCUAACUUCAUCUAUUUCAAGAAUGAUUCUAUCAACCAAUUUAUCAAAUUGAAUCUUCUCGAUUUACUAAUGGUCUUGCCUUGUCUCAGAAACUUAUCGUUAAUCGACCUAAACCUAGAUAACUUGUCAAUGAGUUAUUUUUGUAAAGAUUUGCAGAAGUUCCAAACUCAACUAGAUUACUUGGACUUGAGUUUUAACAAUAAGGUUGAUGGAAUUGGCCUUCUAAGUCUAUUAGAUUACGACAUGAAAUUGAAACAAUUGAUUCUUGAUGGAAUUCAAGUCAAUGCAGACACUUUGAGCUUGAUACAAUCACGAUACGGAAUCACCGUUAAAAAUGACCAUUUGAAGCUGAAAUGGCGGCAAUACGGUAUAAAUUCUUUUAUUCUUCCCUAA